UGUUUUUCCAUCCUCCAGUCAACAGGUGCCAGUGGUACUUUGCAGGCAGGUGAUUGUCUAUCUGUCCAACACGUGCAGUAUCGUUUGAACCCUUCUACAGCCUCCCUCGGCCAUCGACAAUUUGCUGUUACUAGCGAAGAUUCCUCAGUAGUCGUUACAACUGCAGUGGCCGGGAUUAAUUUGUCGUCUGGCCAGUUUAACAAAUCCCCAAUUGCAAAUGGUGCUGGCAGAGCCACGUCUUCCCGCUGUUUGGAUCGAUUCAGCACUGGCCCUGUUGAUGUUGCUGGAGUGUAA